AUGGCUUCUGAUUGUGACUCUUCUUCAUCUUCCAAAACAAAUGAAAAUUGGACAUAUGAUGUGUUUUUAAGCUUUAGAGGGAAGGACACUCGAAACAGUUUUGUAGAUCAUCUAUAUGCAGCUCUAAGUCAUAAGAACGUAUAUGCGUUCAAAGACGAGAUGAUCCAUAGAGGAAAACUGAUAUCCCCAGAAUUGUUGAAAGCGAUUGAAGAAUCAAGGUAUGCAGUGGUUGUUUUCUCGGAAAAUUAUGCAAACUCUUCAUGGUGUUUGGAAGAGCUUGCCAAAAUUAUGGAAUGCCAUAAACGGAUGGGACAAAAGGUGUUGCCAGUGUUCUACCAUGUGAAUCCAUCAGAUGUGCGAGGCCUGAAAGGAAAGUUCGCUGAAGCCUUUCAACGGCGCGGGAAAAAGUUCAAAAGAGAUCCUAACAAACUGCAUUCUUGGAAGGAAGCUUUGGUCGCAGCUUCAAACAUAUCUGGCUUGCAUUACUCUAAAUCAGAUGGUGGUGAAUCUGAAUUUAUCAGCAAGAUUGUUCAGGACAUCUUAUGCAAUAUAAAACCUUAUGGGAUGGAGAAUAAUCUAAUCGGUAUUGAGUCUCAUAUGGAUGCAUUAAAUUCUCUAUUAGAUAUAAAUGCAACUGAAGAGGUGCGAGUGGUAGGGAUAUUGGGAAUGGGCGGGAUUGGUAAGACAACUAUUGCUCAAGCUAUAUUUCAGAGAAUUGCUUAUAAGUUUGAGGGUAGUAGCUUUCUUGAAGAUGUAAGAGAAAAUGGUUCUAACAAGAAAGAUAUAUGUGCCUUACAAGAGAAGAUUCUAAGAGAUAUUUUAAUGCGGCAUGACUUCAAUAUUGACUAUCCUUAUCAAGGAGCAGAAAUGAUACAAAGAAGACUUUCCAAUAAAAAGCUUCUUCUUGUUCUGGAUGAUCUGAAUACUGUUCAGCAAAAAGAUUACCUUGCUGCAAGCCCCGAGUGGUUUGGAAAAGGAAGUCGAAUCAUCAUAACCACUAGGGAUGAGCAUAUGUUGUCUGAUGCACAUGUGACGCAUAAACCAAAUCUUCUAUCUAUGGAUCAAGCUGUCCAGCUCUUCAGUUGGCAUGCUUUUAGAAGAAAUAGCCCACCAGAAAUGUACAAGGAGCUGUCAUAUCGUGCUAUACGCUACACUGGGUAUCUCCCUUUAGCCUUGAAAGUGUUAGGUUCUUUCUUCUAUGGGAGGCACAACUUAAAUGUGUGGGAAAGUGCAUUAAAUAGACUAGCCAAAGCACCAAAUAUUGAGAUUUUUGAGACAUUGAAAUUAAGUUUUGAUGGAUUGAAUUUUAUUGAUAAGAAAAUAUUUUUGGACAUUGCAUGUUUUUUCAAGGGCAAGGAUGAAGAACAUGUAACUAGAAUACUUGAUAGCUUUGGUUUUGACUCCGCGUUAGGAAUUACUGUUCUCAUUGAAAGGUCUCUUAUAACCAUUUCAAAGAAAAGGCUAGACAUGCAUGACCUCAUACAAGAAAUGGGACAACAAGUAGCCCGUGAAACUUUCUCUAAUAGUAGGAUUUGGCAGAUCGAAGAAAUGCAUCAUCUCAUGAGAAACCGAAAACUAGAAGCAAUUGAAGCCAUAGUUCUGCGAGACAAUGAAUACAAUGUCGACCACUAUGAUGAGAAGCUGUGUUUUAGAACUGAAAUUUUUAGAAGCAUGGAAAAUCUUCGACUUCUCGAUAUUGACUCAAAGUUCCCAUCCCAUGAACCUACCUUUCUCCCUUCUGAGUUACAAUGGCUUUGUUGGCAUGGAUACUCAUUUCGUUCCCUGCCAGUGGAGUGUAUGCGUAAGCUUGUUGGGCUUCAAAUGGUAAAUAGUGCCAUUCAACAUUUGUGGGAAGGGCGAAAGGUAUUAAAACAUGAAACCAAUUGCUGAAGAAAGAGUUACGUUAGUACGUUUUUCAUGCACAAACAGCAUAAGUUUAUGUUUUUUA